AGUAAUGUGGAACAACAAAGUGGAAACCGGACUGAACGCUCCUCCUGGCAGCCCUUCAACUGCAAUGGGUUUAUCACUCAGUCCCAGCUGGGAGGCGCUUCAGUCACCGUAUUGUGGCCAUGCGCAUGCUCGCCCCGCCCUUGGCUUCCUGACUUCUCUCAUCUGAUUGGUUCUGUUCCAGGAGACGACGGCACGCCUACUCUUCAUGGCCGUACGCUGGGUCCGGUGCCUCGCCCCCUUCCAGACUCUCUCCAGGAGGGACCAGGUAGCCACUGCCUCCAUCUGCUGCUGCUACAAGACUCCUGGAAGGAGCUGUUCUUGGUGCACCUGGCUCAGUGGUCCAUCCCCUGGGACCUGGGCCCGAUCCUCGGCGGCCCCAAGGCCAGGGAGCGGCUUCCCCAGGACGACCCGGUCGUCUCCCUCGAGAUCAACACCAUCCAGGAGAUCCUGGCCAGGUUCCGCCAGCUAGACUCCAGGCCUCGUGGACGUUCAGCCAGUGGAGAUGCUCCAGGAUCAAGCACAGUGCAUCCUCGGAGACUACGUUCGCGGAAGGUACCCUCGCCAGCCCAUCAGGUUCGGAAGACUUCUCCUCAUCAUACCCAGCCUGCGGUCUGUUCGGAGGGCGACGGUAGAGCGGCUGUUCUUCAGGGAGACCAUAGGCGACAUCCCGAUCCAGCGUCUCUUAGGGGAUAUGUACCUCAUGGAGAAGACUUACACGUAGAAGGCACACGCAACGAUAACUCGAACUUCGUUAUAUAUUUCAUCUGAUCUACAAAGUAGUUUCAUUUUAUCAACUAUUCAUCGAGUAGAUUUUCUAUAUUGGAACACUUCUCAUGUAUAUAUCUGAACAAGUUCUCCAGCCCUGAUUACAAGAAGUCUUUUAAACACAAUAUUCAACUCAAGAAAACAAAAGAUAAAAAUCAUUAAAAUAAUUAGCUUGAUUUGGGUUGUCUAUGUCCUGACGAUGCCUGAACUGGCGAAACGUUGACCCAAUAAUUCGUAUCAUGUGCAUUUUGAAACUCAGGGAUCGUUUUCUAGUCAUUUGAAACGAUUAGCUGAAUGCAAACAAUUCAAAGAAAUCAUAUCUCAUCAAAAAUGCAGUGUUAGUCAAAUCAGUGGCAUAUCCUGAGGAGAGAGGGCGUACUAGGCACCCCAGAUCAUUUUUUUAAAAUUUUUUUUUAGGCUUCGAUAACACUUUUUUUCUUUAAUUGAAUGAUAACUUUUUUGUAAAAGAAAAAAAUAUAAUUAAUAAUUAUUUCUUUAAUUUUAUGAAAACGAUAUUGGUUUUUAAUUUUAGAAUACUGGGAAACACCACCCUGAGUCUCAAAUAGCAUAAAUAUUGCUCUCGGCACUAGCGGAUCCAGAAUUUAAUUUUUGGGGGGGGCUUCAGCCCGAAGGAUUUUUUUUUCAUAAACAUAACGAUAAUUAAUUUGAAAAAAGAAAGAAAUAAACUAACUCAUGUGACAUGGAGUCUUAGUGAUUCUUGAAGUCAUAUUGAAUGUAAUUACAUGAACAAUAAUACUUUAAGACAUAGUUUUUAAUAUUUUUUUCUAUAAAACAUGGUUAUAUUUUACCAUUUUGGGGGGGGGGACUUCAGCCCGAAAGCCCCCCCGUAAAUCCGCCUGUGGCUCUCGGUCAGUGUAAGCUGCUCCAAGUAGUCUCAAUAACUAACCCAAG